AUGGAACAUGUUGUAAUUGACGUCCUCCAUGCAAAGCUUCGAAUAGUUGGAAAUUUGCUGGCCAAACUAAUGCUGCAACUUGUUCCAAAUGAAUUAGAAGCAAUCAAAGAUGUCAUUCGAAAGUUCCCAUCCUUCUCAAAUUUUGAAUUUAAAGAAAAAGCCUUUUACAAGAAACAGUUGGUCAUGGAGUCAAAUCAUGUCUUCGAAUCACCAUACCUCAAUGACAAGCAAGCCGAUACCUUAUUACUCAAUUUUGAGAAAAUUUUUUUGGAGGCUUUAGACAAAAGCAGCUUUGAUUCACAGGAUGUUGCUAUCUGGUCAAUGUUUCGAUAUAUAAUUUACGGUUACAUGGAGCCUACUCAGUUACUGGAAAAGCAAAAUAUUGAGCAAGAUUUAAUCCCAACUCUGAAAAAGUUAAAUGAGAUUCUUCGUUUGCAUUAUCCCAAUGAAAAGGUUGGAUAUUAUGUUCAUAUUAUUUUGAACCAUCUGCCUUAUUUAUUGAGGAAAUAUGGCAGUCUAACUCGUUUUAUGAAUCAAGGUUGUGAAAGCGUUCAUAGCUUAGGUCGAUUGAUUAAUGAAAGAAAAUCGAAUCACAAAGCAAAAGGCUCGCUUCCCGGGUUUUCUGAAUGUGUAUUAUUGCCUUUGAGAGUGUUGUAUAUGUCAACUAGACGAGGAAGGGAUUGGAUUGGCACUACACAAGAAGACAAAUCAUUAUCAAAACAUUGGCAGGAAAUGCUUGAAGGGUGGAAACACGAUGUCUCUGAAAUAGAUCUGAAUGAUGAAGCUUUCGAAAAACUCGAGAAGAGUGCCGAAGGAGCUUCGUUGUCAAGCGCUGUCGUCAAAAAACACAUAUGGGAGAAAGCUGAAAGGAAAACAAGCACCGUUAGGAAGAAAAUUCAACGUCGAAGAAGGGUUAUUGACAACGGAGCGAGUAAAAGGACGUCAACAACUACAAAUACUUCAAUUAAGGCAUAUGUAUACGUUGUCAGAAACAACAUGCAAAAUGUGACCACAAAUCACCACGCUCAAAUUGUGUGA